GAUCAGCCUGGCAACUGUACAAUGUGUCUCUCACAUGUACAAUCUGUAGCCCAGAGCUGCAACUCCAACGUUCCAACGUGAGCCAGACGUGUGGUGCUGCAGUUGUCUGCUGGGCACCGGGCUACAUUGUUAAUGAUUUCCCAAAAGUCGAAACGGAUUAUUACUGAAGUGGACAAAGUAAUCGUGGGGUACCCAUGCCAGUCGCAUGCGUUCUCUGUCGUUAGCAUGUUGAACUAUCGUGUGCUAGCUAACUCGUUCUAGGACGGCUGUAAUGUAAGUUCGCUAGCUACAUUGGAUGUCAGUGACUUAAGUAGCUAACCCGCUAACGUUAGUUAUUUAAAUGUCGGAAUGCUUGUCAUAGAAAUAGCAAAGAUAUGUGGUCUGUAAGCUAGCUAGGAAGUGACCUAUCAAGUCAAUGCCACACACCUCUGUGUGGCAACCUUUACGAGUUAUUGUUGGCUUAACGUUAUAAGUCGAAGGAGGUGUUGUAAGGAAGGCUGCCACGGCGCGAUUUAAGCGGGGAAGGUAGCCGAGGUAUCUCAGUUUACAAGUAGGCCUACCACAGGACAAGACACUGGAUUGAUGACUGGAAACAUUUGUAACAUUCAGUGGACAUUUUGCAUCUGUAGGAUUUGUGUGAAGUGCUUAUAAAAGAACGUGUCAGCUAAGUGGUGAUGGCGAAACCUGAGUCGAAAAGAGGUGCCAUGGCCUUUGCCGCCGGAAGACCUGCUACAACACCGGAGGACCAGGUCAACAACGGGUCACUUGAUCCGUCACAGUCCUCCGGUUCUCACGACACAUCACAUACCCCAGUGCCAGCCAGCAAGUCUAAAUCUGGAAAACAGACGUCGAAGGAAAACCUGUCGCGACGAACAACCGAGAGUGAAGUAUUCGACGACGGGACCAACACAUUUUUCUGGAGAGCACACACAGUCACGGUGCUGUUCAUCCUCACCUGUGCCCUUGUGUACGUCACACUGCUGGAGGAGACGCCACAGGACACGGCGUACAACACCAAAAGGGGGAUUAUUGCCAGCAUUCUGGUGUUCCUCUGUUUUGGAGUGACCCAGGCCAAGGAUGGACCCUUCACCAGACCACACCCAGCCUACUGGCGGUUCUGGCUGUGCGUCACGGUGGUCUACGAACUCUUCCUCAUCUUCAUCCUUUUUCAGACGGUGCACGACGGACGGCAGUUCAUGAAGUACAUUGAUCCAAAGCUGGGCGUGCCUUUGCCGGAGAGGGACUAUGGCGGCAACUGCCAUGUCUAUGAUCCGGACAACACCACCGACCCCUUCCACAACCUCUGGGACAAGAUGGAUGGCUUCGUUCCGGCACAUUUCCUUGGCUGGUACAUUAAGACCCUGAUGAUCCGAGACUGGUGGAUGUGUAUGAUCAUCAGUGUCAUGUUUGAGUUCCUGGAGUACAGCUUGGAGCAUCAGCUGCCCAACUUUUCUGAAUGCUGGUGGGAUCAUUGGAUCAUGGAUGUGCUGGUGUGCAAUGGCCUGGGAAUCUACUGUGGGAUGAAAACGCUGGGCUGGCUCUCCAUGAAGCCAUACCAGUGGCAGGGACUCUGGAACAUCCCCACAUACAAAGGGAAGAUCAAGCGCAUAGCCUUUCAGUUCACACCUUACAGCUGGGUCAAAUUUGAGUGGAAGCCUGCCUCAAACCUUCGUCGCUGGCUAGCAGUGCUUGGAAUCAUUUUCAUGUUCCUGCUGGCGGAGCUCAACACCUUCUACCUGAAGUUCGUGCUGUGGAUGCCCCCGGAGCACUACCUGGUGCUGCUGCGCCUCGUCUUCUUCGUCAACGUGGGUGGGGUGGCCAUGAGGGAGAUCUACGACUUCAUGGAUGACCCGAAGUUCCACAAAAAGCUGGGCCAGCAGGCAUGGCUGGUGGCGGCCAUCACGGUCACCGAGUUCCUCAUCGUGGUGAAGUACGACCCCAACACCAUCACACUGCCCAUCCCCUUCAUCGUCACGCAGUGCUGGAUCCUGGGGAUGGUGGUCAUCUUCACCUGGACACUAUGGCGCUUCUUUAUCCGAGACAUCACGCUACGCUACAAGGAGACCCGCCGGCGCAAACAGGAAGUCACAGGGGACCGGGAACGACACCUUGGCAACAGUAACAAUGGUAACGGUAGCCCAGCAACCACGUCUGGGCGCAGCAAGCUCAACGGCAGCACAGAGGCAGUGAGGCAGAGGAAGUCCUGAGGGGGCCCCGGCAAGGGAUCACACUGCCCCCCGCACUGCACUGUGUCUGGGAAGGAUGGAGGGACUGGUGGGUGAAGGGUUGGAAAGGUGGAUGAAAUGGGGACAGAUGGAUGGAAGGCAGAAGCACUCAAGCUUCUGCUGCUGCUGCUGCUGUUGCUGCUGCCUUUCCCACAUUCAGAAACCCCACCAACAUCAUCCUGUCCAGGGUGUAGGUGGGCUGCUGUAUGUAUGUAUGUAUGUAUGUAUGUGUGUGUGUAUGUAUGUAUGUAUGUAUGUAUGUGUGUGUGUGUGUGUGUGUGUUACAUGUGUGUUACAUCAGAACAGUCAUUCCAAUGUUGGCUUGUCACUGUUAACACUAUUUACAGAGGUGAACCAACCCAGAGUUAUGGUGGGGGGAGGUGAGGUUGGAAGCGUUAAGCGGGGAUGUGACGAGUUGGAUUCAUAGGGAACAUAGCCGGGUGUCAAUUACUGUGGAAAUGUGAACACGGAAGAAAUCAUUACCUCUUCAUUUUUCAAAGAUUGGGAAAAAUCAGUUUGUGGUUAGUUGUGUGUCUGUGUGUCUGUGUGUGUGUGUGUGUGUGUGUGUGUGUGUGUGUGUGUGUGUGUGUGUCUGUGUGUUUGUGUGUGUGUGUGCAUACAUACAUACACACACACAUUUUUGAAAGCUGACUUAAAAUGAUACAGUGAGUGUAUGUUUGGGGGUUAACUGGAGUUACGGCGUAUGAAGCCUGAGCCAUGCAAGCAAUGGCCAUUUCUCACUAGCAUUUCUCGGCUAGCAAGACUAAUUGCAGUAUCCAUGCCAACGCAGAUGUACUGUAGUCGCGUAAGCCAUAUGUAUGUCAUGCACAUUUGACUAGCAUUUGGGUGAGUGAACCAAAUCUCUAAUCCACACCCAAAUUCAAUGAGGCUGACCGCACUGCAUCCCGUAAUCUAAUAUAUUUUUAGCCGCUGUGAGAAGUGGCCAUUGUAAGCCCUGUGAGUGGGUGAGUCUCUGGAUGAAGAUGUUUCCCUCCCUUCUCUUUGCCUUAAGAGAUGUGUGGUGCACAACUUUGAUGGAAGCUCUGAUGUAUGUUGUUGUUUUUUUUUUUUCAUUGCACAUACAUGUCAUUGGGGUUUAAUUGAGGGGGCUUUCUGCUGCUAUGCAAUAAUGAAGGUUCACUACCAUGGUUUUUGUUCCCAAUGGCGAUCAUGGGAUAGUUCUGUCAGGCUUAGUUUCCAAGAAAGGCAAUGCCUUCCCUUAACAUACAAUGUAAGUCUGUAAGACAUGUUUGGAGUCAGAACUGAAUUUGGGUUUGCUUGUUCGUUAUUGUCUUAAAAUGACAAACAUCAAUGUUUUUCUAAAAGGUAAAGAAAAAAGUCUGGAAGUCGUCCCAUUGUCUCAAUGGGUCAAUCAUGUCUAACGUAAAUGAGAGAUUGACACUGGCUUUGUUCUUCUGUGUCUGAGAAGGUUGCCGUCAAAGCCUCACUAUCCCGCAAUGCCCAUUGGUGCCAGCACUACUUAGCAACAUGUUCUUCACACUCAUUGCCUCCUGCAGCAGAAAGCAGAAUAACUUUAAUGUAAACUGAAAGAUACUGCAUAGUUAGUAUUUCAUGAUAUAUGUAUAGUGUUGUUUUAGUCUUUUUUCUUUUUUUUCAUCCAUUUCUAAUGCAAAGUCGCUGAAUUUAGGAUGGUAUUACAAAACUGACAUAGUCCCGCAGUUGUCUGCAUAGUUCUUUAAAAUUCCCAUCACUGUUAUCAGUAAAUCCCUACCAGUACUUCUAGAUGGGACAAUCACACUAACUUGAGACUUGGAUAAAAUUGUUCCUAUAAGGAGUUGGAAGGCAAACCCUCACAUAAUGUACAGUUAUCAGGUUACAUGGGUCUGAUCUUGGGGGUACCCUUUUCAAAAGAGAGUGCUGUAAGCCCCUCACCAUCAUCCCCAUCACCACCCAAAGAUCUGGAUGUGUAUGCUGAAGCCAUACGUUUAGACAUCAAUGCUCAUAUGUCACUGUUCCUGUCUGUUGUCUUUAAGAUCACCAAACCAGGAAGUCUUCGGAAAUCACAAGCCAUUGGCCAUUGUAAAUGCUGUCUGUAUGCCGUAUUAGUGGUUGGCAUUAAUGUUUUGAGUGCACACAUCUGCAAGGGAAAAAAAGAGACAAAAGCAGUAACCAAAAUAGUUAUUUUCCAGUGUAUGUGUAGUAAUUGCAGUUGUGCAUCAGUCACUUAUGAUGUGACUUUAUAGGAUGUGUGUCGCGACCACACCAAAACAUUAAAAGGCAUCACAAACGCUGGUGUCUAAGGGAACUUGUGUAUAUCUCACUGAUAACAUGGAGUCGGAGAGCUCCAUGUUGGAUCCAUGUACUGGUUUGCUGUUCGUAAAUGGUUCUGUAUGAAUGUUUCCACCUGCUUCCAUCACUCAGUAAAAUGUGGUUCCAGGGAACCAUUGCCCUGGCAUGUAGAGAUAUUGUGCAAAUUGUCCAAAAUGGCCUCUUCAUGUGGUCUAGUCAACACUCGAUGCCAUUAUAAUUAUUGUGAAUGUACAAAAGCAGAUCUUGAUGUUUUGCAGAAGAGGGCUAUAUGUUAUUCAAAUGCCAAUUUAUUGUCAACAAUCCCAAAUUUUGUUCUUUGCCGAGAAUCUGUUUUUAGUAUCCAGUACAAUGUGUGGCUAUAACAUAGCACGGGAACAAUCCAAAUGUAUUUUAUGUUGAUGCUUUUUUUGUUCAAUAAAACAAAGGGGUCCUCUUGGAAAA